GAGAGAAAAAAUGCAUGUUUUGUUGUUGUUUGUGACGUUGGGCGGGGUCUUGGGAGGUCUAACAGACCCUAGAACUCAAUACUCUGCAUUCAGAGACAAGAGGCUGCAGACCAGCUACGUCGUGGACUACAAGCAGACAUCUACUUUGUGUCAAUGUGUCACAUCUUGCCGCACCUCAGCCACAUGCUACGGUGUUGCAUACGGCCCCAUGUACGCCACAUCGGCCACCCUCGCCAUCGGCACACCCGGCGUGUGCCACAUAGCCACGCAGCCACAGGUGCCGUCCGGCCUCGCCAACUACACCGGCUACACCGCCCUCAUCCGCGGCAGGGUCGACUCGGGUUGCGACGAGAUCCUUGGUUACGAGAAGCUUGGUGCAGCGGGCUGCAUUUGGUUGUCAGACGUCACCCUUGACCGGGACUCCGGGCAAGCCGCGUGCCAAGCAAGGGGCGGCAUCUUGGCAGUUCUUGACACGACUGACAAGUACAACGCUGUUGUCAAUCGGCUGCAGGCUAUACAACCGAAGCCCGGCCACCACUGGGUGGAGGCGACAUGGUACCUCAUCGGUGGUUGGCUGUGGCAACAAAAAACUCCGGUGACAGGAUCCUGGGCCCCGGGAGAGCCAUCUGGGGUGUUAUCCUUCAGCACCAUCAUGAACAGCGACAUGAACUUCAUGCUCGCCAAUAAGGGGGGCGGAGACAAGUACAACUUCGUGUGCCAGAUGCCCGCCAAGUGGUAACUCAAAUUCUGGUUUUCUUCUUCUUUUAAUUGGUGUUUUAAAGGAGCUUUGAAAACGCAUUCAUUGGUCUUCUUCUUUUAAUUGGUGUUUUAAAGGAGCUUUGAAAACGCAUCCAAUUGUCUUUUUCUUCUUUUAAUUGGUGUUUUACAGGAGCUUUGAAACCGCAUCCAAUGGUCUUCUUCUUCUUUUAAUUGGUGUUAACCGUCAAUAUUAUUAGUAUUGCACGGUUACGGACAUAAAACCUUGAUUCCGAGGCAAUUUAACCGGUACCGAAUUUACAGCCGAGUGAAUGGGAUGCAAACUGAUAAAUAAAGUUCUGAUUAAAAUGAGUGGAAAUUCGGUUGAACGAUGAACCUACAAAAAUUUACAAUUCAACAAAUGUAAAAAAAUAAAAUUAACUACAAGAAACGUUUUAUUACUUUUCAACUUCGAACUUCCUGAGUCGAAAAUUCAAUGACAACGAAUUGUAAUGAGUCAUAUGCUAAUCUUGACAUCAUGAAAGAAAACUAACCUCUGUAACUUCUGUUAUUAAACGUAAACGGGAACAAAAAUUCUACAACAACAUUUGAAUGUAUUAUAAGCAAUUAUAAAUAACUAAAAAUGUUUUUAAAUCGGAACGGAAGAACGCUACUCGAAUCUGAUAUACUUUAGCGUUCGAGAAUAAAUUCUGCUGUAUAAACAUUGUGUAAAUGCAUUAACUUCACUCGCUGUUCUUGAUAUGUAAUAAUGAGGGAGUGCAACUACAAUCGAUCUGAGCGCAAUAAUUUCACUGAAGAGAAAUGUUUCAUGUUAUGUAUUCUGAGCUAGAUUGCCUAUGUUUAAGUGUCGUGUAGAUCACUCAGAGUUUGAGUGUAUGAAAAGUGUUAACCCUAACCCUGUUAACUAUUUAGGCUGUUAACCCUAACCCUGUCAAGAAUUUAGGCAGUUAACCCUAACUCUGCCAUCAAUUUAGGCUGUUAACAAUAACCCUGUCAACAAUUUAGGCUGUUAACCCUAACCCUGCCGACUGUUUAGACUGUUAACCCUAACCCUGCCGACUGUUUAGGCUGUUAACCCUAACCCUGCCGACUGUUUAGGCUGUUAACCCUAAUCCUGUCAACAAUUUAGGCUGAUAAUCAUAACCCUGCCGACUAUUUAGGUAGUUAACCCUAACCCUGUCAGCGAUUUAGGCUGUUAAUGCUAAGCCUAUUAGGUGCCAGAAGUCGGCACUUUUUCAAGCACGAAAUAAUAGAGUUUUUCAUGUUUACAUUCAUAGAAUUUUUCGUCCUAGUUUCAUUGUGAGCAUAAAACGCGUGGUUUGAUUCACUCAGUUUACUUUCUUAAACUCGUUAUUUUAACGCACCAUAGUCAAUAAAAAUUAAAUCUUGUGUUGUUAAAUGCAUACAUUUUAUCUCAACUCUCAAAUCAAGUUGAAUUUGCUGUACAACUUCGACCUCGAUCGUUAUUUUUGGUGAUGUUAUUGAUGGUGCGGUGUCAGCAUUUGUAACUCCGUCAGCCAAUCACUGACGGCUUCUCAAGCGGAAAUCAUCAAUCACGGACGAGAAAUGGUCGCUACGUUCACUUAGACCGUUACAUGUAGUUAGGUCGCUAUGUGAAUGUACUUGAGUGAGUUUUGAUAAUAAUGCCCCAGACUUGCUGGCCACCAUAUUUCCGAUUUCGGCCAGAAUUUUUACAAAUAGUUGCUGGCCUCGAACCUCCAACUAACCGCUCCAUAUUUGGCGAUCUUAACCACACCGUCACCCGAGCUGAGGCUCGCACAGAGCGCCUGUCGCGCAAAGAUUGCGUUGCAGUACCGCACAAAACUUGAUGUUUGUAGAAGUGCUUGCACUAUUUAAUAUAUUCCGCGCACAUUAAGUUAGAUAACUUGCAAGACAAUUGCGUCUAACACGCAUCAAUAAACACAGCUGUGGUAAUGAAUCACAAACGGUAAAAGAUCUCUGUUGAAAAGUAUAUUACUGUUGCCAAGACUGGAAAACUUUUCGUUUAAUUCGUCCAUUCAUUGAAUACCGUUGACCAUUAUUGUCGAAUAUUAGUCAAUUACCGGAUGAUGAUUAUGAAAAGAUUUAACUGCUAAUAACAUAACAUAACAUAAC